AGCAGCAGUUCAAACAGAGCAGCAGGAGAGAAACAGAGUUUCAUUGAGAGAAGACGUUUUAUUAAAGGCGGAGGAAAAAUCAUGAAGACAAACUCAAACACACACACACUAAUAAACACAGCUCGUGCCACCCAGACAGAGAGGCAAGGACCAGCUAAAACUAAGAUUUACAACCAUUAGCCAGAGAGGGAAAGUCUAAUAGGGACACAUAAACUAAAGUAUCUACCCCAAAGUCUCUUACACACACACACAAACAUACUGGUGAAGAGUGUGUGCUACAACCAGCGUGAGGAGCAGGGCUGACCGACCCCAACAAGUGGAGCAUCAGGGAAGAAGGAGAAGCAAGUUGAUGGAUGCCUUUUGCAGACUCAGCGGCCUGGACCCUCUGUGGGACUGGAACCGUACGUGGUACACAGCCAACCCGGACCUGACCCAGUGUUUCCAGAACACAGUAUUGGUGUGGGUCCCCUGUAUCUAUCUGUGGUUGCUGGCCCCUUUCUACUGCCUUUAUCUCUACUGCUAUGACCACGGUCGCAUCCGAACGUCCUGCCUAUGCAGCUCCAAGAUGGUGUUGGGUUUCCUGUUGGCAUCCUUUGGCUUCGUUGAGUUCUUCUACAUCCUGCUGGAGAGGAGCCAGGAGAUCCAGCAGCACAUGGUCUUCCUCCUCAGCCCCAUCAUACGCAGCCUGACUGUGAUCUUGGCCUUAUGCAUCAUCCAGUUGGAAAGAAUAAGAGGCUGCCGUUCCUCUAUAUUCCUCUUCCUGUUCUGGGUCUUGGCUGUUAUCUGUUCCCUGGUGCCUCUCAGGGCGAAGAUCCAGCUGGCUAUGGACGAGGGCAUUGCAUCUGAUAUCGUACGAUACCUCGCCUUUUUCUCCUAUUUCACAAUCCAACUGGCCCAGCUCUUCCUGUGCUGUUUUGCUGACCAGCCUCCAGAGGGAAAAAACACAUUUCAAAAGAAUCCCUGUCCCGUGCAAGAUGCCUCUUUCCUCUCAAAGAUUCUCUUCUGGUGGUUCACUGGGCUUGUUGUGAAAGGAUAUCGCACCCCGCUGGCAGGAGAGGACCUGUGGACGCUGAGGGAGGAAGACACAUCGCGCAAGAUCAUCUCUGAGCUGGAAGAGAACUGGACGGAUGAAUGUGCCGAACUUCAAAAGCAGGAGAAGGCUUUAGCGUUGGGUGUGGCGCUGGGGAGCAGACUGCCGGACCAGGCGCAGCUCCUCCGGAAGCUGCAGAAGGAGCAGAGCUCUGGUUUCUUCCUGCUCAGGACGCUGGCACGCAAUUUCGGCCCAUACUUUCUGACCGGCACACUGUGCAUCAUAUUCCACGAUGUGUUCAUGUUCGCCAUCCCCCAGGUGCUCAGUCUUCUUCUGGAUUUCAUGAGAGACGAAGAUGCUCCACUGUGGAAAGGCUACUUCUACGCCACUCUAAUGUUCCUGCUGUCCUGUCUCCAGUCCCUCUUCAGCCAUCAGUACAUGUACACUUGCUUCACAGUGGGAAUGAGGGUGAAGACCGCUGUCAUGGGAUUGGUUUACAGGAAGUCUUUGGUGAUAAACAGCGCUGCCAGGAGGACUUGCACCGUGGGCGAGAUUGUGAAUCUGGUUUCGGCUGACACUCAGAAGCUCAUGGACUUUGUGGUUUACUUCAACGCUGUCUGGCUGGCUCCUAUUGAGAUUGCUCUUUGUCUUUUCUUCCUUUGGCAGCAUCUCGGCCCAUCGGCUCUCGCAGGAAUCGCCACUGUCAUUCUCAUUUUUCCACUCAACGGGUUCAUAGCGAAGAAAAGAAGCAAGCUCCAGGAGAUCCAGAUGAAGUGCAUGGACGGCCGCAUCAGACUGAUGAAUGAGAUCCUGAAUGGAAUAAAGAUCCUGAAGUUCUACGCCUGGGAGAAGGCCUUCCUGGAGAAGGUUUUGGGCCACAGAGAAAAAGAGCUCCAAGCCCUGAAGAAAUCUCAGAUCCUUUAUUCCAUCUCCAUUGCAUCCUUUAACUCCUCUUCUUUUCUGAUUGCCUUUUCCAUGUUCGGAGUGUAUGUGACGCUCGAUGACAGGAAUGUGCUGGAUGCACAGAAAGUUUUUGUCUCAAUGGCGCUGAUCAACAUCCUGAAGACCCCGCUCAGCCAGCUUCCAUUCGCUAUAAGCACGACGAUGCAGGCUAUGGUUUCACUGAGGCGUCUGGGGAAGUACCUGUGCUCUGAGGAACUGAAGGUGGAAAACGUCUCAAAAGCUCCAUCAACCUCUGAUGGUGAAGACGUGGUGAUAGAAAACGGCACCUUUAGUUGGUCUGCAGAGGGCCCUCCAUGUCUUAAAAGGAUCAGUAUCCAUGUGCCACGAGGUUCCCUCGUUGCUGUGGUUGGACAUGUGGGCAGUGGAAAGUCCUCCUUGUUGUCUGCCAUGCUUGGUGAAACAGAGAAAAGGAGCGGUCAUGUCAGUGUUAAGGGCUCCCUGGCGUAUGUGCCCCAACAGGCCUGGAUCCAGAAUGCCACAGUCCAAGACAACAUCAUAUUUGGCCGUGAAAAAAUGAAGACGUGGUACCACCGAGUGCUGGAGGCCUGCGCACUGCUGCCAGAUCUAGAAAUCCUACCUGCUGGAGAUGCUACAGAAAUUGGGGAAAAGGGAUUGAACCUCUCCGGUGGGCAGAAGCAGAGAGUGAGCCUGGCUCGGGCCGUCUACAGAAAGUCCGAUGUAUAUCUAAUGGAUGAUCCUCUGUCUGCUGUUGAUGCACAUGUCGGUCAACACAUCUUUGACAAAGUCGUUGGACCAAAGGGAGUCCUUAGGGACAAGACCCGCAUUCUAGUGACCCAUGGGAUGAGCUUCCUGCCGCAGGCUGACCUCAUCCUUGUUCUGGUAGAUGGAGAAAUCACAGAGAGCGGCUCCUACCAGGAGCUCCUCAGCCGCCAUGGCGCCUUCGCCGACUUCAUUCACACAUUCGCCAACACGGAGCGAAAAGAGAGCGCCAUACAGAGAGCUGGUUCCAGGAGGUCCAAUGCUCGUCUCAGCAUGGUCGACUCUAUGCCAUUCUCCAGAGAUCUGUCACAGGAGCAACUUAUUGGGGGUGACACCACGAAUACAAACCUGCAGAACAUGGAGCCUGUGUCUGAAACAGACGAAGAACAAGUACCAGAGGACUUGGGCAAGCUCACUAAAGCUGAUAAGGCCAACACUGGAAGGGUGAGGUUGGCGAUGUACAAGAAGUACUUCAAGACCAUCGGCUUGGUCAGCAUCAUCCCCAUCGUCUUCCUGUAUGCUUUUCAGCAAGGCGCCUCACUGGCCUACAACUACUGGCUGAGCAUGUGGGCUGAUGACCCGAUUGUUAACGGCACCCAGACGGAUACGGACCUCAAGCUGACCGUGUUUGGUGCGCUGGGUUUUGUGCAAGGUAUUGCGAUCUUUGGGACAACUGUCGCUAUCUCCAUCUGUGGUAUCAUCGCCUCCCGCCACUUGCAUAUGGACCUGCUGAUCAACGUGCUGCACUCUCCAAUGUCUUUCUUCGAGUGCACGCCCAGUGGCAACCUACUCAACCGCUUUUCCAAAGAGAUCGACGCCAUCGACUGCAUGGUUCCAGAAGGCUUGAAGAUGAUGCUGAGCUACGUUUUUAAACUCAUGGAAGUCUGCAUCAUUGUGAUGAUGGCGACACCCUUUGCGGCCGUGAUCAUCCUGCCCCUCGCUUUCCUUUACGCCUUUGUCCAGAGCUUCUACGUCGCCACAUCCUGUCAGCUGCGGAGGCUGGAGGCUGUGAGCCGCUCGCCCAUCUACACGCACUUCAACGAGACGGUGCAGGGCGCCAGCGUCAUCCGGGCCUUCGGCGAGCAGUCCAGGUUCAUUCAGCAGGCUAAUGAGAGGGUGGACUUCAAUCAGACCUCCUACUUCCCCCGAUUUGUGGCCACUCGGUGGCUGGCAGUCAAUCUGGAGUUUGUUGGUAAUGGUGUGGUCUUAGCUGCCGCCAUUCUCUCUGUGAUGGGAAAAGGCACCCUGAGCCCAGGAAUAGUCGGUUUGGCUGUGUCACACUCCCUCCAGGUGACUGGAAUCUUGAGUUGGAUAGUGAGAUCCUGGACUGAUGUGGAAAACAACAUUGUGUCUGUGGAGAGGGUCAAUGAGUAUGCGGAGACUGCUAAAGAGGCAAGUUGGAGUAUCGAAGGCAGCUCCUUGCCCCUGGCUUGGCCUCAGAGAGGUGCUAUUGAGUUCCAGGACUACGGGCUGCAGUACCGUAAAGGCCUUGAGUUGGCUCUGAAGGGCAUUACCAUGCAAGUUCACGAAAGAGAGAGGAUUGGAAUUGUGGGUCGGACAGGAGCAGGGAAGUCCUCACUUGCCUUGGGAAUCUUCCGGAUCUUGGAGGCAGCGAAAGGAAAAAUCUUUGUAGAUGGAGUGAACAUUGCUGACAUCGGACUGCAUGACCUCAGAUCCCGCAUUACUAUCAUUCCUCAGGACCCUGUGCUGUUCUCAGGCUCGCUCCGGAUGAACCUCGACCCCUUUGAUAGCUACACAGAUGAGGAGGUGUGGAGGUCGCUGGAGCUCGCCCACCUCAAAAACUUUAUCUCAAAUCUGCCAGACAAACUCAACCAUGAAUGCUCAGAGGGAGGAGAAAACCUCAGUCUGGGUCAGCGCCAGCUCGUGUGCCUGGCCAGGGCCCUGCUGAGGAAAACAAAGAUCCUGGUUUUGGACGAGGCGACAGCUGCUGUCGACCUGGAGAUGGACAUGCUCAUCCAGUCCACAAUCCGCACACAGUUUGACGACUGCACUGUACUCACCGUUGCUCACCGCCUCAACACUAUCAUGGACUACACAAGAGUGAUCGUCAUGGACAGAGGCCUCAUUUCUGAGAUGGACACUCCAACAAACCUCAUUGCACAGCGGGGACAGUUCUACGGGAUGUGCCGGGAGGCCGGGCUGGUCUAAGUCUUCAACGGGCGCUUCGUUCCAUGCAGCUGGUGUACAGAUGUGGCACCUUAUUUGCUAACGUUAAAUUGGGCUAUUUCAAGCUUUGUGGCAGCUCAAAAACGCCUCUCCAUGAGGGGAUUUUCAAUUAAUCUCAAGAACAGAUGCUGGCGCUGGUUUUUGACAGACACUACAGACAUUAUUAUCCUCAGAUGAUGAACAUUCAGAAGAAAGCUACAGUGGAUUGUAGAGUCUCCAAGCUAUUAAUAUUGUAUAUAUAGUAGUAGAGUCCGUGUUUUACAUGAAAGGAUUCAGCCCAGAGCUACAAGCUACCACAAAUCAUAAAUAAUUUUUCUCUGUUGGAAUGGGAGCUGUAUUAUUUUUGUAGAUUUUUGUAAGUGUUAUAAAGCACAUGACAUAUUUUUAUGAUGUUGUCUCAGGCUCAAACGUUGAUGUUUACUCACACUUUUCUUAGCCUUGUAUACCAAGAAGGAGGCAAGUUUGUAAUUGUAAACUGAUAUUUUAUCUUGUGCCCCGGAGACUGGAACGGGAAACACUUUGACAAAGCAACUUUCAAAAGGUUCAUCCUGGCAAAACCCAGGGGAAGUGAGGUUUCACUGCCUUCCAAAUCUCUGCUGGAAACGGCCAAUUUGGAGCUUUUAUACAUCAGGGUAAAAAAAACGGAAAAACAUUGAAGUGAGCCAACACAUUAGCAAUCGUCCAACUAUGGUGUGGCUGUUGUUUAUUUCUGUCAAAGUAAACACAUAAAGAAAGUCAAUAGAGACCUUGCUGGUCAGACUUAACCUGACGCCGGUAGUGGAAACCACCAUGAAUGAAGAGAAUUUCUCUUCAAAACAAUAGUGAUAAAUCUCUGUGUGAUUGUCUCUCUGCCCUCACCACACAUCUCAGGCCGUGUGCAGAGAAUAUAAAAAAAUAUUGGUUUAUGGUGCUGACAUGACAGUGUAAAUAGUCCGUUGACCUUUACUCUUGAUUCCAAGAAAGAACCCAAUGAACUUUUCAAAGAAGAGGCAUUUACUGUUUUUGUCUAACUGGUUUUGACAAUAACAGAAAGCCUAUAGUUUAUUUAUGUCAUUUGACAAAAUGUAUUAAGUGUCCUUAAGGUUUCAAGGAUUGUAUUAUAUUUAUACUUUUUAUAAUAAGCUUGUUAUUUUUUCACGUUUACUAUUAAUGUACUGUCUUGUACC